AUGGCAUCCACAAAUAUCGAUCUUCCCAAACUGCGCGAUAACCUCGUCGCCAUUGCGCUAAAAGCCGGGGAUAUGAUCGCCAGUGCAAACCCCAGCGCCACGUCGUCCGGGACGAAGAAGAACUCGGCAGACCUGGUAACGGAAACGGACCAAGCGGUAGAACACUUCAUCUCAUCCGAGCUGAAGACGAUGUAUCCAACCUUCCAAUUCAUGGGCGAAGAGACAUACGUACCAGGCAUGAAGCUAGGGCCCGAACCAACAUUUGUCGUCGACCCGAUCGACGGCACCACCAACUUCGUCCACCGCCACCCCUACGUCAGUGUCAGCCUGGGCUUUACCGUUGACCGCAUCCCUACAGUCGGCGUUGUCUACAACCCCUUUACGCGCAAAUUGUACAGUGGGAUCCGGGGCCAGGGCAGUUUUCUGCACGAGACGGGACCUUAUGGCGGUCCAGAGAUCCAGUCUCAUCCGCAACGAUUACCUCUCAAGGAACCCGAAGCACUUGAGGGUCUCGAUGGCUGCGUCGUGGUCAUUGAGUUUGGCUCCGACCGGUCCGGCGCAAACUGGAAGACCAAAUGCGACACGUGGGCGAGGCUGGGGCGGAGCAAGGAAGAGGGCGGCGCCAUGGUGCACAGCGCGCGCGCCCUGGGGAGUGCGGCUCUGAAUCUGUGCGCCAUCGCUGAGGGUACACUCGACGUAUACUGGGAAGGAGGAUGUUGGGCGUGGGACGUCUGCGCUGGAUGGGUUAUCCUUAGCGAGGCGGGCGGAAUUAUUGUCGACGGCAACCCGGGAACCUGGGAUAUUCCCGUUGAUCAUCGCAAAUAUCUUGCCAUCAAGGGUGCGACGAGCGGGCAGAAGGAACUGGCCGAGGAGUUUUGGUCCCACGUUGAAGGGGCCAUGGUGUAUGAGCAUUGA